GUGCUUUGGUCAUACUAAUCAGCAUAUUGAUUUUAUUUUCUCGAAAAAAGAUUCCAAUACGUAUACACUCGCUGAAAGGCCAAAUAAGUCUUAAUAUUUAAAUGCAAUUAGAGCCGAGGCAGACAUAGAUCCUCGACAUGGGUGACAACGAACAGAAGGCGCUCCAGCUGAUGGCCGAGGCGGAGAAGAAGUUGACCCAGCAGAAGGGCUUUCUGGGAUCGCUUUUCGGCGGCUCAAACAAGGUGGAGGAUGCUAUCGAAUGCUACCAGCGGGCUGGCAACAUGUUCAAGAUGUCUAAGAACUGGACAAAGGCUGGUGAGUGCUUCUGCGAGGCGGCCACGCUGCAUGCCCGGGCUGGCAGUCGGCAUGAUGCCGGAACCUGCUACGUGGACGCUUCCAACUGCUAUAAAAAAGUGGACGUUGAAAACGCCGUCAACUGUUUGAUGAAGUCCAUCGACAUUUAUACGGACAUGGGUCGCUUCACGAUGGCCGCAAAGCAUCACCAGAGCAUCGCUGAGAUGUACGAAAGUGAUCCCAAUACUCUGGCCAAGUCCAUUCAGCACUACGAACAGGCGGCUGAUUACUUUAAGGGCGAGGAGUCGGUCAGUUCGGCCAACAAGUGUAUGCUGAAGGUGGCCCAGUAUGCCGCCCAAUUGGAGGAAUACGAAAAAGCAAUAUCCAUAUACGAGCAGGUAGCCGCUUCCUCGCUGGAGAGCUCUCUGCUCAAAUACAGUGCCAAGGAGUACUUCUUUAGGGCCGCCCUCUGCCACCUGAGUGUGGAUCUUCUGAACGCCCAGCAUGCCAUUGAAAAGUAUGCACAGCAGUACCCAGCAUUCCAGGACUCACGGGAGUUCAAGCUCAUCAAGGUGUUGUGUGAGCAUCUCGAAGAGCAAAACAUCGAGGGAUUCACAGAGGCCGUCAAGGAUUACGAUAGUAUCUCCCGGUUGGACCAGUGGUAUACUACCAUACUACUGCGAAUCAAGAAGGCUGCGGACGAAGAUCCUGAUCUGCGAUAAAAUAAUCAAUUGCACUUUCUGAUGAAGUCGCGUACACAUUACAUUAUUAAAUGCUUUAUUCGGUUCGGAUAUUAAUCUACCUAUAUAUAACUAAAUGAAAAUUUAUUAAACGUGUUGCAUUGCUAAACCUGAGAGCACCCAAAAAGACAGCCUGCUUAACCGCGUGAAUUGAACUUACUGAAUAGUCCAUGUACCCAUAUUCUAGAGUUUAAACUAACGCUUAUGCAACGAAUGAAAAAUCAGCAGAAGCCACGGUUCAUCCUGCGUUACUCUACGUGCUAUUCGAUUAAAUUUUUAUUAUUUCUAAUAUGAAAUGAUUAGAGGUGUUAUGUUUGUCUGUUUUUGUGUUACUCUUGUUAUUUGUGUAAGUAGCCAAUGAGUAAACUAGCUGCUGUUUUAUUUGGAUGCGUUAAAUACCCUAUAGAAAUCCGUAUCCAUACUACUAUAAUAUAUUGAUACCUUUCAUUCUAUGUGUGUACUGUGUUAGAAUAUGUCGAGAUUAACUCAAAAGUCCCUGGUAGUAAAAGAAGAUGUAUUUGAAAACAAUUAUAAUUCCAUUUAUUGCACAGAAAAAAAAACUAAAUAAAAACAUACGGUUUUAGAUUGUACGCAUAUACACAACCUAUAAAUAAAAUAUAUGUCCAUAUUAAGAAUUAACGAUUACCCCUAUAAAUAUCCAAAAGAGGAAACGGAAUUCUAAUAAAUACUUGAGGGUCACAUUUAUAGAAAAAUUCCAUCUCGCAAAAUUUUAAGAAAAUGUUUAGUAGAUCAACUUCCUAUAAACAUGUACGAAGCAAGUUAUAAUCCAAUAAAUAAAAUAACUAUGGAGCUGCGAAGAGUUCUCGGGCGAUGAGGCCGAAACAAAAAUAUCAAUUUAUUGAAUGAAUAUCUCCAGGAAGAACACAACACAAAUGAAACCCACAACACAUUUAAUAAAUACAAAUACAAAGAUACCAUAGAUAUUUCCAAUUCAAACUACUUUAAUAAAGUUAUAUGCUUGGAUUAAUA